UUUCCUCCUUUUCGUUGCUUCUAGGUAUCGGCGUGGCGAAGAGGAGCAAGAAUGUGGCGGCGGCGGCGCUGGGUGGCGGCGGUGCCGGUGCGAUCGAGCGGCGAGGAGCUGGCGGUGCGGGAUUCUCCCAUCGCCAUCGCUAUCUAGGGGAGCGUCGAUUGUCCAUCCCUCCAUCCAGCGAUCCGCGGAGGGAGGAGGAGAAGGAUUGUAGCGCAGCGCCAUGGCGGAUUACCCAGGCACGCCGGAGAGCAGCCCACACUCGGACAACGAAUCCGGUGGGGGGAAUUACUCCUCGGUGAAAGAGCAGGAGCGAUUCCUCCCCAUCGCCAACGUGAGCCGGAUCAUGAAGAAGGUCCUGCCCGGCAAUGCCAAGAUCUCCAAGGACGCCAAGGAGACCGUCCAGGAGUGCGUGUCCGAGUUUAUCAGCUUCAUCACCGGCGAGGCCUCGGACAAGUGCAAGCGCGAGAAGCGCAAGACCAUCAAUGGCGAUGAUCUCCUCUGGGCGAUGGGGACGCUGGGAUUCGAGGACUACAUCGAUCCACUCAAGCUCUAUCUCCAGAGGUAUCGAGAGACUGAGGGAGAGAAGGCCAACGUGAAGCAGCAAGGUGGUGGUGGUGGUGGCGCUGGUGGUGGUGGUGGUGAUUUCCAGCAGUUUCAGAAUCAAAAUGGUGGUGGUGGGAUGAUGGCAAUGGGAUCGCUGAUCCAGCAGCAGCAGCAAUCACAAGGCUAUGCGCCUGGAGGAUCGUCGUCCAGGUAUGGUGGGAGCAGCCAGCAAUCUUACUGGAUGCAAGGCGGGAGUAGUGCUGCGGGGCAGCCACGAUGAAGAAGAAGAGCGAAUCAAAGAGGAAAUGAAAGAAAACAAAGGGGAAGGAGAGGGACUUGAGGAACAAAAGAAAGGAAGGUGAGAAAAGGAAGAGUUUUAGCAUUAAAAUUGCUUGUUCUUCCAUGCAGGGGCUAUGCCAUCUCUUCUUUGUAAUGAAAAGACAGAUGUAAACAUUACUUAUGCCUAGGAAAAUAAGUAUUAUUUGGAUUUU